CGGGGGACCUGGUCGGGCACCCCCGCGGGCGAGCAGGCACGGACUUCCCGCCGCCGUCGCCGCGGCCGCGGGCCGCGGACGAGUCCCGGCUCGAGCCGCGCCUUUGCCUUGGCCCGGCCUCUCGCCCCAUGUUCGCCGCUGGAGGCAGCCACACGGCCCUGCUCAGGAGCGACGGCAAUGCCGUGGCCUGCGGCAAGAAUGAUCACGGUCAGUGCGACCUCCCGGCGUUGGCGGGGGACCUGACCUACGCGCAAGUUGCGGCUGGAGGCAGCCACACGGCCCUGCUCAGGAGUGACGGCAGCGCCGUGGCUUGCGGGUGGAAUGAUCACGGUCAGUGCGAUCUUCCGGCGUUGGUGGGAGGCCUGACCUACACGCAAGUUGCGGCUGGAGGCAGCCACACGGCUUUGCUCAGGAGCGAUGGCAGCGCCGUGGCCUGCGGGUGGAAUGAUCUCGGUCAGUGCGACCUCCCAGCGUUGGUGGGGAGCCUGACCUACACGCAAGUUGCGGCUGGAUGCGGCCACACGGCUUUGCUCAGGAGCGACGGCAGCGCCGUGGCCUGCGGCCGGAAUGCUUUUGGUGAGUGCCACCUCCCAAGGCUGGUGGGAGGCCUGACCUACACGCAAGUUGCGGCUGGACGCACCCACACGGCCCUGCUCAGGAGCGACGGCAACGCCGUGGUUUGCGGCCUGCAUGGCGAUGGUCAGUGCCUCCCGGCGCUGGUGGAGGGCCUGACUUACACGCAAGUCGCGGCUGGAGACUGCCACACGGCUUUGCUCAGGAGUGACGGCAGCGCCGUGGCCUGCGGCUGGAAUGUUUCUGGUCAGUGCGACCUCCCGGCGCUGGCGGGGGGCCUGACCUACACGCAAGUCGCGGCUGGAGGCGGCCACACGGUCCUGCUCAGGAGCGACGGCAGCGCCGCGGCCUGCGGCCAGAGUGAUCAGCAGCAGUGCGAUCUCCCGGCGCUGGUGGCGGGCCUGACCUAUGCGGCGCGCCUGUUUCCAGCGCUGCUUCUGCAGGCAUCGCCCGACGGCGACUCGAUGCGCCUCCUGACCCUUAGCGGGGCCGAGCGUCUCAGGGUCGGGCCCGCCGCUCUCCUGGCGGACGUCUGCGGCCAGCUGGCGGCGGAGCAUCGGGCGGGCAGGCUGGGCCCCAGGACUCCCGGCGGGGUCGACGCGGUCUUGCCCGAUGGCCGGCUGCUCAGCAGCGCCCUUCCAGGGGAGACGGUCGCCGACACUCUCGCGCCCCGCCUACGCAGCCGCCCCGCGGUCGCGCUGGCCGACCGCGGCGAGAAGAAGGCGCGACGCAACGUGACGCGGGGGGGGGUUCGCCUUGACAAUUGCAUUCUAUCGCACUAUGAACAAGGUCCAGAAGAGAUCCGGCCCUCUCCGCGCAUUUUUUUCUUGAACGUGGGGUUUUAAACAUUGGCUUCCCUUAUUUGGCUUUAGAAACUGAGUGUCUACG